UCUCUGGCAACACUGGCAUUAUCUGACAAUACAUAAGUUAAUUUUUGUUUUGUGUAACCGGGGUUGGCAUAGGUAAGAAAUUCAUAAAAUAAUCAAAAAAAAUUUUUUUUUUUUGUGUUGCCAAGUGGUUGUGAAAUGUUGGAUUCAACAACUUCAAUAAGUUCAAUUCUUGAAGAGGGUCAGGAAAAUAAAGAUUUUGACUUAUUGGACACUUAUUUGGCAGCUACAAUAUCGCCUACAGAUGAAUGCACCGAUGUUUAUACAAAAAUCGAAACCCUAAAACUUCCUUACAUGAAAGCAAAUGUUAAUGUUUUGAACUUCUGGAGAGAACGAAGGUCGUCUGAUCCUGAACUGUAUGAACUGAGCAAAGUAUGUUUUGCCAUUCCGCCAACACAAGUCACGAGCAUUUUCAUCAUUGAAACUGGUACUGGCCGACACUUUGGAAAAUAUUUUACUGGUUAAACAAAACUCAUCUCAUUUGGAUCGUGCCAUCGACAACUUUCCCUGAAUAACCAAAUUUCGAGUUGGGUGCGGGAGGGUAGGGGACAGAGACCGGAAAGGAAAGAAAGGCAAUUGACAGCUCACCAGGGUAGCCAAACACAACGACAUCAACCAACAGAGUGGCAUCACUCCAGAGUUGAUCCUUUGUGGAAUUACAGAUUCCUCCGAAUGUCAAAAUUUUUUUAGCUUUCGGGAGCGGGUGAAAU